CAAAUCCAACUGACCCGACCCAACGUUGGAAUAUUUAAGUAGACAAAACGCCCCUGUACCCUCUAACUUCAAGCAACGGAGUAAAAAUGUCCGAACAACAACCCCCAGCACUUGCCGAAAAUACUCCAAAUCUACAUCUCGAUGAGGUUACUGGAGAAAUGGUCUCUAAGUCAGAAUUGAAGAAGAGGCAGAAGAAGAGAGAGAAUGAUGCAAAAAAGGCUGGAAAGGCCGUUGCGGCCGCUGCCACUGCUCCUCCGGCAGGUGGUGCUGCAGCAACGGCGGUGGGGAGGCAAUUGGAUGAUGGGGAACUUACGCCGAAUCAAUACUUCGAAAUCCGCUCCCGCUCAAUCAACCGUCUCCGCGAGACCAAGGCACCAAAUCCGUACCCGCACAAGUUCCACGUCAAGGACAAGCUCGAGGAUGUCAUCAGGGCACAUAGCAGCACACUAGCCAAGGGCGAGACAAAACCCGAAGUAGAGGUGCGCGUCGCAGGACGUAUCCACGGCAUACGUUCCGCCGGCUCUCGCCUCCGCUUCUACGACCUCCGCGCCGAAGGCGUCAAGAUCCAGGUCGUUGCGCAAGGUCAGGAAGCCGUGGGCGACUACCAAGCCCAACACGAGUACCUCCACCGCGGUGACAUCAUUGGUAUCGUUGGUUUCCCCGGAAGGACGAAUCCGAAGAAGGCCGACAACCCUGGCGAAUUCUCAAUCUUUGCGAAGGAGGUCGUCUUGCUUUCCCCUUGUCUACAUAUGCUCCCUACCGAGCACUUUGGUUUGAAGGAUCAGGAGACUAGGUACAGGCAGAGGUACCUUGACCUGAUUAUGAAUAACAGCACGAGGGAUAUCUUCGUCACGAGGAGUAAGAUUGUCUCCUACGUGCGUAGGUACUUUGACGAGAGAGCUUUCGUAGAGGUGGAGACGCCCAUGAUGAACGCGAUCGCUGGAGGAGCCACUGCGAAGCCAUUCAUUACGCAUCAUAACGACUUGAACAUGGACCUUUUCAUGCGGGUUGCUCCGGAGCUGUACUUGAAGAUGCUCGUCGUCGGAGGCCUAGAGCGCGUCUAUGAGAUCGGUCGGCAGUUCAGAAACGAAGGGAUCGAUCUCACGCACAAUCCCGAGUUCACUACUUGCGAGUUUUACUGGGCGUAUGCAGAUGUUAAUGACCUUUUGGAUAUUACGGAGGAACUAGUUUCUGAGAUGGUGAAGUGCAUUACCGGUAGCUACAGGACCAAGUUUCACACCCAGGGUGGAAAAGUGUAUGAGGUUGACUGGGAGCGUCCUUGGAAGAGAAUCGAAAUGAUGACUGCUCUUGAGGUCGCUACAGGAAGGAAAUUCCCCCCAGGGGAUCAAUUACACACUAAGGCAACCAACGAAUUCCUCAAAGAAGUUGCAAAGGCACACGGAAUCGAAUGCUCUCCACCUCUCACCAACGCUCGCCUUCUUGACAAGAUGGUUGGAGAAUUUAUCGAAGAAACCUGCAUAAACCCCACCUUCAUAACCGGCCAUCCACAAAUGAUGUCCCCGCUCGCCAAAUACCACCGCUCACAGCCGGGCCUCUGCGAGCGCUUCGAGGCCUUCGUCUGCAAGAAGGAGAUUGUCAACGCGUACACCGAGCUGAACGACCCCUUCGACCAACGCCUCCGCUUUGAGGAGCAGGCGAACCAGAAGGACCAGGGCGACGAUGAGGCCCAGCUCAUUGACGAAAACUUCUGCACCAGCUUGGAAUACGGACUCCCACCUACUGGUGGUUGGGGGAUGGGGAUUGAUCGCUUGGUCAUGUUCUUGACAGAUAACUAUAGUAUUAAGGAGGUUUUGGCAUUUCGUGAGUUUUUCCUUCUACCUAGGGUGGAGCUGGGGGCUAAUGGUUUGAUAGCAUCUAUGAAGGAUGGCCACUCUGAGAAGAAGAGUGCGGCAGAAGUCGUUGGGGUUCAGCCGGUCCCGUGA